AUGACCACGAAGCUCGAAAUAACCGAGUCUUACGUCGACUCGAACAAUGUUCUCUACGCUUUGGAUCCGACGCUCCAGGUCCUUGAACUGAGUGUAGCUCCACCGCUGGAAACUAUUCAAAACCGACGGAAAGCCAUUCAACGACGCAUCACGCGACUAGAACGACUGGUCAAGUUGGGACUUAAGGAGCGCAUAUCUAUUGAAGAAGUGGAAAAAAUAACAAUGGAACUCAUAGAGUUAGAUGAAUACGACCCAGGUGAUCGCGAGAAAAGGAGCGUUGAUUUUGAUGCCAAAAUUCUGUUCAUACGGCAGUCUAUUGGCUAUCCAGCCCAAACCACUUCGCAGUCGAGAAACGGUAGCUCCUCCUCAAGAGCAUCAACAGCUCACAUGAAUAACAAUUCAGGACAAAAAAAGUACAACUGUGAAGAAUGCGGCAAGUUCUUUUCAAAAAUUUACAACAAACGAAGACACGUUGACAUGUUUCACUCCAACAAUACGGUACGAAAAGAAAAGGCUGAAUUUAAGUGUUCAUCUUGUGAUAAGGUGUUCAACUCAAUCUACAACAAAACUCGACAUGAAAAUGUUCACAAGCCUAUCAAUGAGAGAUUAAAGUACAAGUGCUUAAUUAAUGACUGCAACAAAAGCUUUACCACGCAGUUCAUUUUGAAAAUGCACAUUAAAAAAGUGCAUCAAAUGGUUGUCAGAUUCUAA